AUGCAUCUAGCCAAGAGCAUAAUGCAUAACAAACUGUACAAAACAGCAAACCAAGCUGCUGAUGAUGAGUAUGAAUACGGAGAAGCUCCAAGCAAAAAGUCCCGGAAGCGUGAAUCGUCGUCGUCCGGUCCUGAUAACAACCGAGUGAAACGCAUCUUGACUCAGCAAGAACGUUGUCUCUUCUGUUUCGAGAACCCUAAACGGCCUAAACACUUGGUUGUGUCGAUCGCAAACUUCACCUACCUGAUGUUACCACAGCAUCAGCCUCUUGUCCCAGGCCAUUGCUGUAUCUUGCCGAUGCAGCAUGAAGCAUCAAGCAGAAGCGUCGACGACAACGUCUGGGACGAGAUCCGGAACUUCAAGAAGUGUCUCAUCAUGAUGUUUGCGAAACAAGGGAAAGACGCAGUGUUUCUUGAGACGGUGAUCGGUUUGGCCCAGCAGCGUCGUCACUGUUUGAUCGAAUGCGUACCGAUUCCCAAGGAGAUUGCCAAAGAAGGUCCUCUCUACUUCAAGAAAGCCAUCGACGAAUCUGAGAGCGAGUGGAAUCAGCACAAUGCGAAGAAGCUCAUUGACACUAGCGUCAAGGGUUUGAGGAACUCGAUACCGAAGAAUUUUCCUUACUUCCACGUCGAGUUUGGUCUGGACAAAGGGUUUGCUCAUGUGAUUGAUGAUGAGCAACAGUUCAAUAGCAAUCUUGGAUUGAAUGUGAUCAGAGGAAUGCUUGAGUUGCCGGAAGAAGACAUGUACCGACGGAGGAGGCAGGAGUCGGUUGAGAGCCAGAAGAAGGCUGUUGUGAGCUUUGCACGUGAAUGGGAACACUUUGAUUGGACGAAACAACUUGAUUAG